CCAAUGGGGGCCGGCUGCCGAGGAGAGGAGGAAGGAGGCGGACGCUGGGCCCCGGCCCCAUUCAUUGCCGCGGCCGGCCGGGCGGGGGUCCGGUGUCUUCGGAGUCAUGGAGGCGCUGAUUCCUGUCAUCAACAAGCUCCAGGAUGUCUUCAACACGGUGGGCGCCGACAUCAUCCAGCUGCCGCAGAUCGUCGUGGUGGGGACGCAGAGCAGUGGGAAGAGUUCAGUGCUGGAAAGCCUAGUGGGGAGGGACCUGCUGCCCAGAGGCACUGGCAUUGUCACCCGGAGGCCUCUCAUUCUGCAGCUGGUCCACGUGUCACCAGAAGACAAACGAAAAACAAGCGGAGAAGAAAAUGGGGUAGAAGCAGAAGAAUGGGGUAAAUUUCUUCACACCAAAAAUAAGCUGUACACAGAUUUUGAUGAAAUUCGACAAGAAAUUGAAAAUGAAACAGAAAGAAUUUCAGGAAAUAAUAAGGGAGUAAGCCCUGAACCAAUUCAUCUUAAGAUCUUUUCACCCAACGUUGUCAAUUUGACACUUGUGGAUUUGCCAGGAAUGACCAAGGUGCCUGUAGGCGAUCAACCUAAGGAUAUUGAGCUGCAGAUCCGAGAGCUCAUUCUCCGUUUCAUCAGCAACCCAAAUUCCAUUAUUCUCGCUGUCACUGCUGCUAAUACAGAUAUGGCGACAUCAGAGGCCCUGAAAAUUUCAAGAGAGGUAGAUCCAGACGGUCGCAGAACCCUAGCUGUAAUCACUAAACUUGAUCUCAUGGAUGCAGGCACUGAUGCCAUGGAUGUAUUGAUGGGAAGGGUUAUUCCAGUCAAACUUGGAAUAAUUGGAGUAGUAAACAGGAGCCAGCUAGAUAUUAACAAUAAGAAGAGUGUAACUGAUUCAAUCCGUGAUGAAUAUGCUUUUCUUCAAAAGAAAUACCCGUCUCUGGCCAAUAGAAACGGGACAAAGUAUCUUGCUAGGACUCUGAACAGGUUACUGAUGCAUCACAUCAGAGAUUGCUUACCAGAGCUGAAAACCAGAAUAAAUGUUCUAGCUGCUCAAUACCAGUCCCUUCUAAAUAGCUAUGGGGAGCCUGUGGAUGACAAAAGUGCUACUUUACUCCAGCUUAUUACCAAAUUUGCCACAGAAUACUGUAACACUAUUGAAGGAACAGCAAAAUAUAUUGAAACUUCAGAGCUAUGUGGCGGUGCUAGAAUUUGUUAUAUCUUCCAUGAGACUUUUGGGCGAACCUUGGAAUCCGUAGACCCACUGGGGGGCCUUAACACUAUCGACAUCUUGACUGCGAUUAGAAAUGCUACUGGUCCUCGUCCUGCUUUGUUUGUGCCUGAAGUUUCCUUUGAGUUACUGGUCAAGCGGCAGAUCAAGCGUCUGGAGGAGCCCAGCCUGCGCUGUGUGGAGCUGGUUCACGAGGAGAUGCAGCGGAUCAUCCAGCACUGCAGCAACUACAGCACACAGGAAUUGCUACGGUUUCCUAAGCUUCACGAUGCCAUAGUUGAAGUAGUGACUUGUCUGCUGCGUAAGAGGCUGCCUGUUACAAAUGAAAUGGUCCAUAACUUAGUGGCAAUCGAGCUGGCUUAUAUCAACACAAAACAUCCUGACUUUGCUGAUGCCUGUGGGCUAAUGAACAAUAACAUAGAGGAACAAAGGAGAAACAGACUAGCAAGAGAAUUACCUUCAACUGUAUCACGAGACAAGUCGUCUAAAGUUCCAAGUGCUUUGGCACCUGCCUCCCAGGAGCCCUCCCCUGCUGCUUCUGCUGAGGCUGACGGCAAGGUUACAACUGGCGGUGGUGGGGUUGGAGACAGUGCUCAAGAACCAACAACAGGCAACUGGCGGGGAAUGCUGAAAACCUCAAAAGCUGAAGAAUUAUUAGCCGAAGAAAAAUCAAAACCACUUCCCAUCAUGCCAGCCAGUCCACAGAAAGGCCACGCUGUGAACCUGCUGGACGUGCCGGUUCCUGUUGCACGAAAACUCUCUGCCCGCGAACAGCGAGAUUGUGAGGUUAUUGAACGACUCAUCAAAUCCUAUUUUCUUAUUGUCAGAAAGAAUAUUCAAGACAGCGUGCCAAAGGCGGUAAUGCACUUUUUGGUUAAUCAUGUGAAAGACACCCUUCAGAGUGAGUUAGUAGGACAACUGUACAAAUCCUCCUUAUUGGAUGAUCUGCUGACUGAAUCUGAGGACAUGGCACAGCGCAGGAAAGAAGCAGCUGAUAUGCUGAAGGCAUUACAAGGAGCCAGUCAGAUUAUUGCUGAAAUCCGAGAGACUCACCUUUGGUGAAGAGGACUAUACAACAGAGACUGCUGAUAGGAAACUUGCUGGUUACUGCCUGCUGGAGUAGAAUUUUAUUUAUGGACUCCUCCUGUGUAUUACAGUGGUACGAAUCUGCUCAUUGUAAAGACUGGCUAUUAACUGAAGCGUAUACUGUGUACUGCAGAACAAAUCACACAUUUAAUCCACAUAAUAAAUGGCUGUUUCUAAAGUUUUCCAGUAUAUACAAAAUACAUCAAGUCGUCUUACUGCAGUUUUUCUUUGAACUUAGAAGGAACUGUCGUGUCUAGCUGUACAGUUUGCCUGUGGUGAGAUGACCUGUGUAGCCUGUGUGUGUAGACGUAAAGCUGUGCCGCCGACUCUCCAGAGGAAAGGCACCGAGACCACCCCUCAUAGGACCGUACUGCAUGCACUGCGAACGACCUGGCUCUCGGAUGUGGGUUGGCAAGUCAAGCCCCUCACCUAGACCACUGCAUUCCACCCGUUCUCCCCUCUACAGUUCCAUCGGAGCGUCUCUGUAGCCCUCGACACGUCAGGGAGGAAGCGGCGUGCAGCCUGUGUAGUCACGGAGCCCUUCUAUUCCUGGGUCUACACGGCCCUAGCGCAUUACAAAUCAAAAUGUUUUUACUUAAACCUGGAAUCUGAAUAUGAAUCCCAAUGCCCUGCAUUAGAAACAAUGAUCAGUACUUGACCCAAUGAUGACCAACCUGCUUUCACCUUAGUUUGCAACUACAUUAUUGGUUAAGAUCUAAAAUGAGAUCCUGACGCCAGGAACCACUGUGUUCUGACUUCCUGUGAAAAUACCAGUAGAGCCUUGCAACAUAAAAACAUGCAGACACACAUGCUCUCCUAAAGGCUCAGGGGGAGGGAGGACUGAGGUUUAGAACAUCAACAUUUUAAGAAAAUUCCCCAGGCAAUUCUUGGGAUGAACCACAUGACACAUUUUAAGAUAGGAGUAAAUCGCUAAGAUACCCAGUUCCAUGUUGAGCCAACAGUUAACACAUUAAAUUAUGUACUACAGAUCGGAUUUCAGACACAAAAAAACCCCCCAAUCUGUCUGAUAUAUGAUAUGGUACUUCUCUGAACUGUUAACAGUACCAUCCUCAGAGAACACAUGGUAAAACGUGUUUGUUGGGACACUUAAUCUGUCAUCAUCCCCCAUCAGUUCUGAAGUUACAGCCAUCUAUGAUUUACUUUUUUAGAUAACUGAUCAGAUGACUUCCAUUCUAGCCUUUCAAAUUUCUAAGGGAAAAACACUUGUAAUGCACCUUUCUCCAGCAUAUCAAACAGAUCACAAACUGAAAAUGUCAGCUUUAAAGACAUGCUGUGGUAAUCCACUUGCUUGUACUACACACUUUGUAUAAAGUAAAACAGGCAAGAAACUUAAGGAAAGAGUAAACCUUCCUGCGUGAAGUUCUGGAAUGUAGAGAUAAUCUCUGAAUUUUCCUGUAUGUUCUUGCUGUGUAAAUAAAAUUGUUGGUAUGAAAUGACA